AUGGCUAAUGAGGUGACACUGUUAGACGCCUGGCCGAGCCAUUUUGGCAUGAGAGUGAGAAUAGCUUUGGCAGAAAAAGGGAUCAAGUAUGAGAACAUUGAGCAAGAUUUAGGGAACAAGAGUGCUCUACUUCUGCAAAUGAACCCAAUUUACAAAAAGGUUCCAGUUUUCGUUCACAACGGAAAACCAAUAUGUGAAUCCCUCAUUAUUGUUCAGUAUAUUGAUGAGGUGUGGAAGGACAAAUCUCCCUUGCUGCCCACUGAUCCUUACCAGAGAGCCCAAUCCAAAUUUUGGGCUGAUUUUUUUGAUAAGAAGGUAUUUGAUCAUAGUUUUAAGAUAUGGACAACAAAAGGAGAAGAGCAGGAAACAGCCAAAAAGGGUUUUAUAGAAUGCCUUAGGUUAUUGGAAGGAGAGCUAGGAAACAAGCCUUAUUUUGGAGGGGAGACCCUUGGGUACGUGGAUGUGGCAAUUGUCCCUUUCUAUUCCUGGUUUUAUUCCUAUGAAACCCUUGGAAACUUCAGCAUAGAGGCUAAUUGUCCGAAGAUUAUUGAAUGGGCUAAGAGAUGCAUGCAGAAAGAGAGUGUAGCCAAUUCUCUUCGUGACCCAGAAAAGAGAAAGAGAGAGGUGAUGGAGAAGAUGGACAUAGGAAAUUCUCCGAUGACAACGAUGGGGUCAAGAGAUGAGAAUGAAGAUCCGGAAAGAACCAUGCGCACGGCUGAGACUAUGCUCCGUUUGGUGCCAAUGGCUUUGUGUGUCUCAGCGCUUGUCGUCAUGCUUAAGAAUACUCAAACUAAUGACUUUGGCUCACUUUCUUAUUCAGAUGUUGGAGCUUUCAGGUAUUUGGUUCAUGCCAACGGCAUUUGUGCUGGUUAUUCCCUUCUUUCAGCUGUCAUUGUAGCCAUGCCUCGGCCUUCCACCAUGCCUCGAGCCUGGACCUUUUUCUUACUCGACCAGGUGUUAACCUAUGUAAUUCUGGCCGCCGGCACGGUGUCGACGGAGGUACUAUACUUGGCAAACAAGGGAGACAUAACCAUCACCUGGAGUGCAGCUUGUGGGUCAUUUGUUGUUAAGAGAGUUUCUUUAUCAAAACGGAGUCUUAGGAGGGCUAAAAGAUGGCAUUGUGUGUGUAAAUAUUCAGUUACUACCACUGAUUUCAUUGCUGAACAAGGCAAUGCUGUGUCACUUGAUUCUAGUAGUAGUACAAUUAGAGGAGGAAGUGAUGGUGAUGGUAAUGUUGGUGAUAGUGAGGUUGUACUUAAGCCUAGUCCAAAGCCUGUGUUAAAAUCUCCUGCUGAUUCUAAGGAUGAAACCCUUUUGAGUAUGAAUUCUGUUGGGUGGGGUUCUUCGAGGGGUAGUGGGGAUUCUGAUGAGGAAGAAGAUAGGCAUAAGGUGAUUGAGUCACUUGGUGAGGUUUUGGAGAAGGCUGAAAAGCUUGAAACUUCGAAACGAAGCAAAGUGGGUGGUAGUGCUAGUAGUAGUAGAAAGGAGAAUGGGAAUGUAAAUAAAAUGACUCCAUCUAAUACGGAUACUGAUUCAAAAAAUGUUAAUUCGACGGCUGCUACUCGUAAAACUAAAACUUUGAAAAGUGUGUGGCGGAAAGGAGAUUCUGUUGCUGCAGUGCAGAGGGUUGUCAAGGAAGUUCCAAAGAGUAAUACAGUUAUCAAAGAAGAACAUAAAACAGUAGAAGGGGCAAAGCCAGAAUCUCAAUCAAGUGUUCCAUUGAAACCUCCGCAGCAACCUCUAAGACCUCAACCGAAGUUACAGGUCAAGCCAUCUGUAGCUCCUCCAUCUAUGAUUAAGAAACCUGUUAUUUUGAAGGAUGUGGGGGCUGGUCCAAAGUCACCAAUAAAAGAUGGAACUGGCUCGGGUGCCGCACAAAGUAAAGGACAGCCAAUUUUGGUCGACAAAUUUGCACGCAAGAAACCGGUUGUUGAUCCUCUAAUUGCACAGUCUGUUUUAGCCCCUACUAAACCAGUAAAGGGCCCUGCUCCUGGAAAGUACAAAGAGCGAAAGAAAGGUGUUUCAUCUGGAAGCCAAAGAAGGCGGCAGUUGAACAAUGAUGAUGUUGAGAUUCCUGAUGAGGAGCUCAAUGUUUCUAUUCCUGGUGCAAAAGCAAUGGCGAGAAAAGGGAGGAAAUGGACUAAAGCCAGCAGGAAGGCAGCUAAACUCCAGGCUGCCAGAGAGGCAGCUCCUGUCAAAGUAGAGAUUUUAGAGGUUGGGGAAAAAGGCAUGUCAAUUGAAGAACUAGCCUACAACUUGACCAUCGGGGAAGGUGAAAUUCUUGGGUUUCUGUUCUCAAAGGGGAUUAAGCCUGAUGGGAUGCAAACUUUGGACAAAGACAUGGUAAAGAUGAUAUGUAAGGAGUAUGAGGUGGAGGCCAUAGAUGCUGAUCCAUUUAAAUUUGAAGAAAUGGCAAAAAAGAACAAGAUUUUUGAUGAAGAGGAUCUGGACAAACUACAAGAGAGGCCUCCUGUCCUUACUAUAAUGGGUCAUGUUGAUCAUGGCAAGGCAAGUAGCAACGUGGCUGCCUCAGAAGCUGGUGGGAUUACACAAGGAAUUGGAGCAUAUAAAGUUAUGGUACCUGUUGAUGGCAAGUUGCAACCAUGUGUUUUCCUUGAUACUCCUGGGCAUGAGGCAUUUGGAGCAAUGAGAGCCCGUGGAGCAAGGGUGACUGACAUUGCUAUUAUUGUGGUGGCUGCUGAUGAUGGGAUUCGUCCUCAGACAAAUGAGGCCAUAGCUCAUGCCAAAGCAGCUGGAGUACCCAUUGUAAUCGCAAUAAAUAAGAUAGAUAAAGAUGGAGCUAACCCAGAAAGAGUCAUGCAAGAGCUUUCUUCAAUUGGCCUCAUGCCAGAGGACUGGGGUGGUGACAUCCCAAUGGUUCAGAUCAGUGCUCUCAAGGGGGAAAAUAUAGAUGAUUUGUUGGAAACUGUUAUGCUUGUUGCAGAGUUACUGGAAUUGAAGGCUAAUCCAGAUAGAAAUGCAAAGGGUACAGUUAUUGAGGCUGGUCUUGAUAAAUCUAAAGGACCAGUAGCUACUUUUAUCGUACAGAAUGGCACACUGAAAAGAGGGGAUGUAGUGGUCUGUGGAGAAGCCUUUGGAAAGGUGCGGGCUUUAUUUGAUGAUGGUGGAAAACGGGUUGAUGAAGCUGGACCGUCAAUGCCUAUUCAGGUUAUUGGUUUGAGUAAUGUACCAAUUGCUGGUGAUGAAUUUGAGGUUGUUGCCUCCCUUGAUAUUGCACGCGAAAGGGCAAAGACACGUGCAGAAUCAUUAUGGAUUGAGCGUAUAUCGGCUAAGGCUGGGGAUGGGAAGGUGACCCUUUCAUCCUUAGCUUCAGCCGUUUCAGCAGGAAAGCUAUCUGGAUUAGACUUGCACCAGCUGAAUAUAAUAUUGAAAGUUGAUCUUCAGGGAUCUAUUGAAGCUGUCAGGCAAGCCUUACAAGUACUCCCUCGAGAUAAUGUGACUUUGAAGUUCCUCUUGCAAGCAACGGGAGAUGUAAGCAACAGUGAUGUUGAUCUUGCCGUUGCUAGUGAAGCUAUUAUUUUAGGAUUCAAUGUCAAAGUUCCAGGUGUUGAGAUUCGGCUGUAUAGAGUUAUCUAUGAACUCAUUGAUGAUGUGCGAAAUGCUAUGGAAGGACUUUUGGAGCCUAUUGAGGAACAAGAGCCAAUUGGCUCAGCAGAAGUCCGGGCAGUAUUUAGCAGCGGCAGUGGUCGUGUAGCUGGAUGCAUGGUGACUGAAGGCAAAGUAGUAAAAGGCUGUGGCAUUAGGGUUAUCCGAAAAAGAAAAAUAGUCCAUGUCGGUGUCCUUGAUUCUUUGAGACGUGUUAAGGAAAUAGUGAAGGAGGUAAAUGCCGGACUAGAGUGUGGUAUUGGGGCAGAAGAUUAUGAUGAUUGGGAAGAAGGCGAUAUUAUCGAGGCCUUCAACACAGUGGAGAAGAGGCGAACCCUUGAAGAGGCAUCAGCUUCCAUGGCAGCUGCAAUGGAAGGAAUGGGCUCAUAG